AUGGAUUCCUUGGUUGAUGUUUAUGUGUUGUGGCUGCACCUUCCGGAAUUGCUGCUCCGCAUCCUACUGGUCCGUGCCGGAAUUGAAGUAAAUCCCGGACCAUGGUUCUGCACGGUUUGCCAGAACCGACUGCACCACAUGUCAACACAAUUAAGGUGCAACUCUUGUUUGGGCUGGUGUCACCUUAGGAAUUGUUCCGGACUAAAUCAUGAAAGGGAGUGGUCGGAGAAUUACGUUGCCCCAUGCUGCCAGGGACGUAGUUCAUCGGCGUCUUCGGCAUCAUCGUCGUCAUCCUACGCCACACCUCCACCCUCCCCACCGCAAUCACAACAACAGCAGCAAAUACAACAACAGCAGCAGCAACAACCAUCGCCGCUCACACCAUCGAUUGCAGUCCGUAGACCUGGGGUGAUAUCCAUAUUGCAGUUCAACUGCAAUGGCCUCCAAGGGAAAAUAACUGAGAUAACCAGAUUUAUGCGCCAACACAACAUCGUGGUCGCUGCGGUCCAGGAGACAAAACUUACGAGUAAUUCCAGUCUGCAAAGUUGCAACGGAUACAACGUUCUCCGAAAAGACCGCACCAGAGGCAACGGUGGAGGCAUCGCGUUUAUUAUACACAAUACCGUGCAGUAUAGGGCUCUUUCUCUCGAUCUGAAUUCUAGAGACCAAUAUCUUGAAGUUCAGGGUAUUGCGGUCAGAUCGGGAGAUACGGAGUUGGAGCUCUAUAAUGUCUACAUUCCGCCAGUAGCCAGUUGUCCAACAGGCUACCAUCCCGACAUUAGGACCUUACUAGAUGGUGAUACUCGUUUGGUCCUAGGGGAUUUUAACGCUCACCAUCAGCUCUGGCACUCAAGUCUUGGGGAAGACCAGAGAGGAGCGUCACUGGCGGAACAGAUUGACGAAUCCACCUUCUGCACACUAAAUGAUGAUGCCCCCACACGGAUUAUGGGUAAUUGCGCAAGUUCGCCAGACAUCACCAUAGCGAGUCCUGGUCUGAUUAACUGCACAACCUGGCGUGCAGUUAUUUCUCUAGGAUCAGACCAUUUACCCAUAAUCGUUUGUCUGGAUAGACCCAACGAUUUCAUCGUCUCUGAAUGCCGAACUUACAUCAACCAAAAGAAAGCAGACUGGCACGGCUUCAGAGAAUUUACCGACCGCAUCUUCAAUGGUCUACCGAUUCCCUCCAACGUACACAAAGCAGAGAGGAAGUUUCGCGAAACCAUCACAGCAGCAGCCGCUCGCUUCAUUCCCGCUGGUAGAAUAUCCGUAGUGCGACCGCACUUCCCAGCAGAAGCAGCGGGACUCGCAGAUGAGCGUGAUGACAUCCGAAGUACCAACCCUGACGACCCUAGGAUCGCCCAGCUGAACCGCGAUAUCAGCAGGUUGGUAAAUGAGGACAAGCGAAACAAAUGGUUGGAUCAUUUGAAGAACUGCAACUUAAGUUCUGGAGUUGGCAAGUUGUGGUCCACAGUUCGGUCUCUCUCCAAUCCGACUAAGAAGGAUGAUAGGGUCGCGAUUAAGUUUGCAGAUACCACCAUAUCCGACCCUAAACGGUGCGCGCGAGCUUUUUGCCGACAAUUCAUUGAGCACCCCGAGAGAGACAAGGCGAAAAGAAGUAUUGUCCGCAAACUACACGAUCUUCCAGUCUCGGACACCACAACUUUACACGCCAACUGA